CUUCUUCCUCCACAACCGAAGAACCCAAAUUUUCGCCGUUGAAAUGGAGAAAGCGACGGAGAAUCCCAAUUCCGAGGCGCAACCUCCUCCUCAUCCGAAUCAUCAAAUGGAUGCAGACGAUGACGAUGAGAAUGUGAAACAGCUCAAAGAGUGUUCUUCUCUCUACUUGUCUUUACAGGAUUGUCUCGUUGAUAACAACAGGGACUGGAAGUCUUGCCAGAAACACGUUCAAGCUUUGAAGGCAUGCCAUGAAAGGAGAACCAAGAAAUGAAAGGGAUGAGGAAAAGCCACACCUGAUUGGGAAGUAUUGAUUAGUUUACUUCUUAUACAGAAACCCUUUUAUCGUAUCAGUGUAUUAACCAUUGGUCCUCUGAUCCUGUCAAGUAGUUGAGUUUUGUCUUAAUAAUUAUUUCGCUGAAACAAUUAACAGUUAAACAAACAGCAAUGAUAAAUGCAUUUCAGAAA